GCAGUGUGCGGCAGACGGCGGUGACGCUGCACGAGGCGGUUUGGGGCCAGUUUGGGGACACCCUGCGCCUGGCCGUGCCCUCCCUCAUCUACACCCUGCAGAACAACCUGCAGUACGUGGCCAUCUCCAACCUGCCCGCGGCCACCUUCCAGGUGACGUACCAGCUGAAGAUCCUGACCACGGCCCUGUUCUCUGUCCUGCUCCUGGGCACGUCGCUGUCCCGGCUGCAGUGGCUGUCCCUGUCCCUGUCCCUGUGUCCCUGUCCCUGUGUCACUGUCCCUAACUGUGUCUCUCUGUCUGUUAUCCCCAGGUUGUACCAGCUGAAGAUCCUGACCACAGCCCUGUUCUCGGUGCUGCUCCUGGGCACGUCGCUGUCCCGGCUGCAGUGGCUGUCCCUGUGUCCCUGUGUGACGUACCAGCUGAAGAUCCUGACCACGGCCCUGUUCUCUGUCCUGCUCCUGGGCACGUCGCUGUCCCGGCUGCAGUGGCUGUCCCUGUCCCU